AUGAAGAGUGAGCAGAAUAGAAAUUACUCAGAGGUGACAGAGUUUAUUCUUUUGGGCUUCAGAUCCUCUCCAGAAGUACAGAUACUUUUAUUCUUACUGUUCUUUCUUCUCUACGUGGUCAUCGUGGUGGGAAAUGCCAGCAUGUUAGUUGUCAUUAAAAUAGACAGCAGACUUCACACGCCUAUGUAUUUCUUUCUCAGAAAUUUGUCUUAUUUAGACCUCUGCUACUCCACAGUCAUUGCACCCAAAACUCUGGCUACUUUCUUGUCCAAGGAAAAGAAAAUUUCUUACAAUGGCUGUGCAACACAGUUCUUUUUCUUUGCUCUCUUCGUUGGGACCGAAGGUGUCCUUCUGGCUGUGAUGGCCUACGAUCGCUUCUCAGCCAUUUGCUCGCCUUUCCUCUACCCUGUGCGCAUGUCGCAGCCGGCUUGUGUUGGUCUGGUGGCCGGCUCCUACAUCUGCGGAUGCAUCAACUCCACGAUACAAACAGGCUUCACCUUCAGUUUGCGCUUCUGUGGCGAAAACAGACUGGACCACUUUUUCUGUGAUGUCCCAGCCCUGAUCAAGAUCUCCUGUGUGGACACCUUCGUGAAUGAGAUUGUGCUGUUUAUUCUCUCUGCCCUCAUCAUUUUCACCACCGUAUCUGUCAUUCUGGUGUCCUACGCUUACAUCCUCUCCACUGUCCUGAAGAUCCCCUCUGUGCAGGGCAGAAGUAAGGCCUUCUCCACCUGCAGCUCUCACAUCGCGGUGGUGAGUUUGUUCUAUGGUACCGUGUUCUUCAUGUACGCCCAACCAGGGGCCCUCUCCUCGCCAGAGAAAAGCAAGAUUAUAGCUGUAUUCUAUACUCUUGUCAUCCCUAUGUUAAAUCCUCUGAUUUACAGUCUAAGAAAUAAAGACGUGAAAAAUGCUUUACAAAGGAUAAUGAUGAAAAAAAUGUCUUUUCAUUGA